GAUAGUGAGUCUGAAUGUUGGACACUUGGACCGUCCCAACUGGCCCAGUGAUCUAUAAUAUAAGAUAUUAUACUAUUAAAUAUUAAUGAUUAUAAUAUAUUAGUAUAUAACCUCCGAACAUCAUCAAAUUCAAAGUAUUGCAAACGUUGAAAUGUCAGUCGUGUGAAAGUGAUUUAACCGAAAUUGACCAUAUCAUUAACGGUUUCUCAUCAAACGCUUUGUAGUCAGUACUGGACACUAGUAGCAUACUGUUGUUACUUGUUCUUGAUCUCGAACGUAAUGGAACCAUCUAGUGAUAUAAGUAUUGAAAGUGUUGAAGAAAAUAUUCUAAAAUCUUCAUUAAAUCGAGUUAGAAAAAGAAAAAAGCAGCUUUACACUGAUUUAAAACAACUAUUGGAAUUUUAUCUAAGUGAUGCUAAUUUAAGAAAAGAUAGGUAUUUUGGACAUCUUAUGCAAACCAGUCAAUGUAUUAGUAUUGACACAUUCUUGAACUGUAAUAAAAUUAAGAGUUUAACCAAAAAUCCAGAAGAUAUAAUUAAAGCUGUAGAGAGCUCUAGUGUUCUAACUGUUAGUGAUUGUAAAACCAAAAUUUAUAGGAUUAAGCCUAUUGAAGAAAAACAACCCGAGGAUGUUGAACGCUGUACAGUAUAUGUGGAACAAUUGCCUCCUAAAGCAAAUCAUGAUUGGAUUAAAUCAAUGUUUGAAAAAUAUGGAAGUGUUGCUUACAUUUCAUUGCCUAAAUUUAAAAGUGGAACAAUUAAAAGAUUUGCAUUUAUUGAAUUUGAUAAUGAAGAAUCUGCCAUCAAAGUUCUUGAAGAAUACAAAAAAUUACAUGAAGUACCAAAAAUCCUUCCAGAAGAACUGCAAAGUAUAAUUACUUUUAAAGAAGAUGAAGAUAAAAAGGAUGCAGAUGAAAGUACUGACAAUAUUAAUUCUCCGAAAAAAAGAAAACAUUCUAUUAGCAUAGAAGAUGUUAAAGGAAAGAAAUUGAAGAAAGAAACACCUCAAGUAAACAGUUCUGGAAUUAAAAAUAGUAAGAAAAAGAAGAAAAAAGACAAAACUAAGAAAAGUGAUUUGGAUGGUGAACAAAAAAAUUCUUCAUUUGAAAUUAGUGAUGGUGAAAAUAACCAGAAAACUUUAAUUGAAAAUCUUGAUAUCAGUAUUUCAAAACCAGAAGAAAUUAUCACAAGUGAUGAUGAUAAAAAAGAAUUAAAUAUCGAGCCUAACAAUACUGAUUCAAAUAUAAAAAAAAAAAGAAAACGUAAUAAAGGAAAAAAAGUCAAAUUAGAUGCUAAUUUAACUUCACCUGUGCUAAGAAUAAUGUCAAAAACCGAGUGGAGAAAACUAAGAAAUCAAUUUUUAAAUAUGCAACGACAAAAAAUGUCUUUAUUAAAAGCUCAGUUGCGGCGUCCUAAGUAUAAUGAAAAUGUGUGGAAAAGUAAUGAUGCCAAUACAAAUAUUCAAAUUGUAGAUGUAGAAUUACCAAAAAAUAAUGAUAUUCGUGUAAAGUAUGAACCUGGUGUAAUAUUGAAAAUUUCAUUUACAAAUCCAAUUGAGUCUGAUAAAAUAUUCAAAGCUGAAGCAAAAGCUGAUUCUAGUGUGAAGUUUGUUGAUGUUGUACACAAUUCUGAAGCUUACGUUCGAUGCGAUUGUCCAGAAACUGCUAUAAAAAUAGCCAAGGAAAACCGAUGGCCUCAAACCACGUUAUUAACAGGUGAAGAAGAAAAGCUUUAUUGGGAUAAAAUUUUAAGAGAUAGAGAAAUUAAGUGUACCAAGCAAAAAGAAACUAAAAAACCACGAGGUCGUGAAAAGCUAAUUAAAAAAGCAGAAAAAAGAUUGGCUCAACAUCUUACAUUUAAUCAAGAAGAUGAUGAAUAAAUAUAAAUAUUCCUUUUUAAUUUUUACAAGAGCAAUAAAUGUAUUUACAAUGUUUUUCUUUUGUGUGUCUGAUGACAAUUUUUUAGAAUAAAUAUCUCAAUAUUGAGAAUGAUUUCUGGAAGAAACUUUAGCCAGGUUCAUCAUAUAUUUGUAAAAUGACAAUAUUUUAUUGUGUAUGGAAUGAUUUGAUGCAUUCAAAUUAAAAGAAGCUUUGGUUAACCCUCAUAUAGAUGAAAAAUUGUUCUGAUUUACCUAGCAUUAAUACCAAUAUUAUUAUUUUUUCUAAACAAC